UCUCCAAUGGCUUACUCUAUUUUUUACUCUAAAAUAGAGUAAUUCUAUAAUAGAGUUUGAAUUUGCUCCAAUGGUACUCUAUUUUAGAGUAAAAAACAGAGUGAUGAACAAACAAAAAACAAAUUACUCUAUAUUUGGAGUAAACCUAUUUUUCACUCUAUUAUAGAAUGAGAAAUAGAAUACCAUUGAAGCAUUUUUUACUCUAAACUCUAUUUUAGAGUGAAAAAUAGAGUAAGGUUGGAGAUGCUCUAAGAUGUGUUUAACCUUUUCAACUUCCUCUUAAAAACAGCUAUUGGUGAUCCGCUUGGGGGCUGUUUAGUUACACCAGGUGGAUAUUCAGUUAUGUUGCAGAAGGUUUGUGUUUAUAGUGUACUGAUUGGUUUGGCUGGUUCUUCAAUAUGUUUUCACCAAAAUGUUGUCUCAGCUGAUGGAGUUUGCACAAGGAAAGAUUGUGAUGGCAUUAGAGGGAGGGUACAGGCUUGACAUAGUUGCAGAGUCUUCAGUGAUGUGUGUCCAAGUUUUGCUUGAAGACGACCCAUUUCAAUGUUCCGUUGAAGAAUACACACGGGACUCUACACGUACUGUCAUACAAGCGGUACGCAAGAAGCUAUGCGCAUAUUGGCCUUCACUUGCAGAUGAAAUACAGUUGAAGGCGGAAGCUCCUCUUCCACCAAACCUUGAUGAAAUCCUACCGAACCUUCACCGCAAAAUGCAAUGUAUCUUCCUGGGUAUGUGGGAUAAAGGGGCUAAUAGUAGUAAGCAGCAAGCCGAGAGAUUGCGUGCUUCCUUGGAAGAAAAGGCGGCGCUACAGACCAAGGUGGCUGAACUGCAAGGUGAGGCCAGCGAGAAGUUGCGCCUUCAAGUCUCCCUAGAGAAAUAUGCAGCGGAGGCAAAGGAGGCCGCUGAGCAUCUGACGCAAGUUUCCAGCGAACUGAGGGAGGUCAAGAUCGACCUAGACUUUCACCGUGAGCUUUUCAAGAAGGCGAGCGAAGAGAAGAGAUUACUGGAGGGCGAACUGCAGAAGGAGGCCAGCGAUAAGUUGCGUCUUCGAAUCUCACGAGACAGAUAUGCAGCGGAGGUGAAGGAGGCCGCUGAGCAUCUGGCGACAGUUCGCAGCGAGCUGAGAGAUGUCCAAAUUGAUCUUAACUUGCACCGCAAGCUUCCCAAGAAGGCCAAGAAAGUCAAGUAGUCAAAGUUAGAGUGGAGUUUCAUUGCCCUUUUUGUAAAACCAAACUAUGGUUACUUCUUUUUGGAGGUUUAGUGUACUCAACUACAAGUCC